AUGGGAAACAGUGGUAUCAAAGCACGAUUAGGAGUGAUCGAAGGAAAAGUACGGCUGCAUGGCGACGAGACGCGGCAUGAACAGACCGAUUCUUGGUCAAACAGAGACCUGAUCCCACUACCCCCAGAGAGGAGAACCUGGAACUGGUUCCUGUUUUUCGGAUAUUGGACGAUUUCCAGUCUCAACAUCAGCAAUUGGCAGUCCCCGAACACAUUCCUGACGCAAGGGCUCUCAGUCUCCCAGUCGAUGGGAAUCAUCCUCAUCGGCCGCCUCCUGAUAUCCCUCUUCUCAACGCUCAUCGCCUGGUGCGGACUAACCUGGCACAUCGGCUUCACCAUCCAGAACAGGUUCUCCUGGGGCCUCCGGGCCAGCUACGUCCCGCUGCUCCAGCGCAUCCUGCUCAACUUCCUCUGGAACGCGAUCCAGUGCUGGAACGGCGGCAGGCUGGCGGCCGUGUGCCUGACGGCCAUCUGGCCCAGCUUCGCCGAGAUGCCCGAGUUCCUGCCCGCGGGCAUGGCCGCCGUCACCACGGGCUACCAGUUCGUGGGCUUCGUCGUGUUCUGGGCGGCCUCGGCGCCGUUCCUCCUCAUCCGCCCCGAGAGGUUCAAGUGGCCGUUCCGCAUCACCAGCGCCUACUGCGGCAUCGGCAUGCUGUGCAUGAUGACCUGGGCGCUGGCCACGGCCAAGGGGGUCGGCCCGCUGAUGACGCAGGGGCAGAAUGUCCCCGGCGGCUGGAGGAACUCGUCGUGGUUGAUGAUGGCUGGCAUCAACCAGAUGGUUGGCGGGAUCGCGGCUGGGAUCACCAACUCGAGCGAUUUUGGGCGUUACGCGAAGGGGCCGAAGCACUAUGUCGGAGGCACGAUCCUUUCUGCUUGGAUUGUCGGGGUGCUUGUUUCAUUCAUCGGUCUGGUUACAACUUCUGCUUCCCAGAAGAUAUACGGUGAGGUCUAUUGGAACCCACCGGAUCUGUUGAUGGUCAUGAUGGACAACGGUCACGGGUCUUCUAAAGCGCGGGCGGGGGUGUUCUUCCUGGCUUUCGGAUUCGCACUGACCGCCUGCUUCGAGAACAUCUGUGGCAAUGCCGUGGCUGGGGGCAUCGAUCUGGCUGGGCUGUUCCCUCACUACAUCGACAUCCGUCGUGGGGCAAUUAUCACCUUCGUGGCGGCUUGGAUUUGCCAGCCCUGGCAACUCAUCAACCGGGCGACGACCUUUGUCAGCGUUCUGAGCUCAUUCUCUGUCUUUCUGAGCCCCAUCAUCGGCAUCAUGACAACAGACUUCUUGCUGCUCCGGAGAGGCAAGAUCCGUCUCAGCCACUUGUAUCGCACCAACGACACAUCAUAUUGGUAUUUCCACGGAAUCAAUUGGAGGGCCAUCGUUGCUUGGCCAUGUGGCUGGGCGCCGACGAUAGGCGGUCUAAUCCUAACGGCGGGCGGAAACACAGGUGGGCCUAAAGCACUGUAUCAACUGUACUAUAUGGCCUUCCUAGUUGGAUUCUUCAUCAGCUCGUCGGUUUUCUUUGUCCUCAAUAAACUGUUUCCAGUCCCUGGUAUGGGCGAGUAUGACGAGGUGGAUUAUUAUGGCACAUUCACAAGUCGGGAGCUUGCGAAAUGGGGUGUCGUCCCUUGUGAGCCGGUACCUGUUGUUGAAGGAGACGGCGUCAGUGAGUCGCCAGUUCAGGAGACAUUUGACAAAAAGGAAUAG